AUAAAUAAAAAAAGAUAUAUAUAUCAAUGUUUACCUAAAUCACAAGUGUCUUAAAGGGCUGCACAAGCCACAACGACAUCCUUGGCUCAGAUCCCACAUCAGGGCAAGGAAAAACUCCACCCAAUGGGAUGACAAUGAGAAACUUUGGAGGGGACCGCAGAUGUGUAGUUUGUGAUGUGAUAGUUUGACAUCCCUGCUUUAGAAUAACUUAUAAACUGUAAUGGCACAAACGAAAAUUAGGAAGGGGAUUCAUAUGGCCCCAUUUGUUGCGGUUUACCUGACACGUGAAAUGUGACAAAUUGGAGGGGGUAGGGGGGUCCACUAUUCACUUUAGCCAGCACUGUUUUAAAUAUUUUAAAAGGUUUUUUGUCCACAGCGUUGAGUUGCAAUGUAGAAUGCCACUUUCCAUCAAACUAAUAACCCCCCACCUUCACAUGCAAACCACCCAGGAACGGGGCUAUAUCAAUCCCUUCUAAUGUAGGUGAAUAUGGCUAAUGGCACACAUCUGUUUAGGAAGUUAAUAGAUGGCUUCUUUCACAUCCCUAUUAUUAUUUUGGACAUUGUUGUCGUCAAAGGAAUCUCCCUCCUACGGUCUAUCAGGAGACACAAUACGUGGGCGGGGCUUGUGUCAGCUGCAGGUGUGCCUCAACGCGUACGGCUUGUGCGCUUCAUUGUCAAGAGGCCUCAUUCUCAUUUCUGGAGCUUGUGAUGUCCCAGCUCACCCUGAAAUGACUACAAAAAUCAUUCAUUUCAUGGUUCAUGGGAAGGUGGAGCAGGCCGAGUUAGGCGCAGACUGCACGGCUGAUGACGUCAAAGACCUGUUCCGAGUGGCGGCAGAUGCGGCGCCUCAUCACAUCCUGAAGAUGUACAAAGCCAAUGGCAGCGUGGUGAAUAUCUCGCCCAUGCUGGAGCCCAACAGCCAGGACUCGUACUACCGCCUGGAGGUGGUGGCAUCUGACUUCCAAAGCAUUGCCAUGCCUAUUGAGCUGGACAACAUGGAGCACAGACUGUGUCACCUGGAGACCAAAGUCCUCCAAGAGUCAGGGAAGACGCCAGAAAUCAUUUGUGAGCUGAAGAGUCAGGUGGAGUCCUUCAAGCGCAAGCUGGAGAGUGUCAAGCACCUGAGCUGGAUGGGUUUGUUCAGGGAUGAGGGCCCGCCUAAAACCAGGGGGCCUCAGCUGAGCAUGGUUGAGGAGCGCCAGCAGGUUCGCAGGAAGUUCCUCAACAUGAGCUCUCUGCAGGUGGCAGAAGAAGUGAGGGAGCAUCUUAAAACGCCCAUUUUUGACAACUGGCAGUGGGAGGAGGCGGAGAUGCUGGUGCUACUCCAGGUGAUGUUCACUGACCUGGAUUUCCUGACAGUGUUCCACAUCGAGCUGGACGUCCUUCAAAACUUCCUGUUUGAGGUCUACUGCCACUACAACAACAUCCCCUUCCACAACUUCCAGCACUGCUUCUGCGUCACUCAGAUGAUGUACGGGCUCAUUUGGCUGACAGACCUCAGGAACAAACUGGCGAGGAUCGACCUUCUGAUCAUGCUGACCUCUGCCCUGUGCCAUGACCUUGACCACCCCGGCUACAACAACGUCUACCAGAUUAAUGCUCAGACGGACUUGGCUCUUCGCUACAAUGACAUCUCCCCACUGGAGAACCACCACUGUGCUGUGGCCUUCGGCAUUCUGUUCAAGCCGGAGUGCAACGUCCUCAAACAUCUCACCACAGAGCAGUACAAACACAUCCGAGCAGGAAUGAUCAAGUGCAUUCUGGCCACCGACAUGGCGAGGCACAAUGAAAUCCUUAAUAAGUUCAAAUCCAUCCAGCCAAAAUUUGAUUUCAGAAACAAGGAUCACAAGGAAGUGCUGAUGAAAAUCAUGGUGAAGGUGAGCGACAUCUCCAACGAGGCAAGACCGAUGGCUGUGGCCGAGCCCUGGCUGGACUGUCUGCUGCAGGAGUUCUUCAACCAGAGCGACACAGAAAAACUCAAAGGGCUACCAGUCACUCCGUUCAUGGACCGGGACAAAGUAUCCAAGCCAUCCUCCCAGACCAGCUUCAUCCGUUUUGUCCUGCUACCACUCUUCUCCGAACUCACCAAACUCUUUCCUUGUCUAGAGCAACAUAUUCUGGAACCAGUGCGGAGAGCUCUGGAAUACUACUCAGACCUGGAGAGAGCCGUCCAGCAGCAGGAGGUGACCACCAAACCCUGAUGAGGACGACAUCGCCAGAUGAUAAAAGUUCUGUCCUAUCAAUCGUGUGAUAGUAGGUAAUGUUGAAAUAAACCUGUCGUAUACAGAGCCACAAGUGUUAAACAUAUUUUACACCACUACUUUAGAUGAUUUUUGAAGGUAAGCUGAAUACUUUAUUUUCCAUCACUGCAUUUACAUGUUUGGACCAAAGUGCAAAUAUCUGAUAGUUAAAAAUAAGAAUGCAUCUCCAACUAAAGAAAAAUAAAUUAAAUCACAUCAAUACACAUUUCAAUACAUUCUGUUGGCAUUUGAAGAAAUUCAGCUCAACCUUUAGUUUAUCUUCUCACAUUUUCAGUCCAGUGUGAUGGAAAUGAGCGAUUGACUUUAGUUAUUUUUUACCACGAUAUAAACAAACCUAAGACAUGGCAGUUCAUGGCACACAAACACUGACCGUUUACUUAUGGACGUACAGUAGGUAGGUUGGGAAAGUGGGAAGCGUGCAAUAUGUCAGUGUCCUCGCCCUUAUCAGUGUAUUGGAUUACAUUGCAGGAACACAGUGAUUAGAUUAAUGACAACAAGGGUGUCCAAAGUGCAGCCCAGGGGAAAUCUUCAGCCCACAGACCGUUUUUUAAUAAAUUGGUCCUAGGAAUUUUCUGAAUAUUAAUUCAAUAUUAGUGAUAUUCUAUUAGAUAUUUCACUAUUUGCUCUGUCACAUUUAACACAAAGCUAAGGUGUUGAUUUUUUUGUUCCGAUAGUUUAACAUAUAUUGAUUGACCUACACUGGAGUCUUUUUAGAAUCUAUGUACAGUGGCCUCUAUAUUCCUAAUUGUUUUGGAAGGUGGCCCUGGUGGAAAACAAUAGACACCCCUGUAUUACAGUAUUAAAAGUUCAUUCAUUACAUUAUUUUUUUGUCAGAAAUUCCUUCAUUGCAUACAAAAAAACUCUCAAAUUCAACCACAAACAUUCACACAUUCGCUUACAUACAAGCACGGUGAAAG